AUGGAAGAGGAUCCAAUAAAAUUCAGUUAACUAAUUGAAGAAAGGAAGCAGCAAACUAGAAAUAGAAAAGUUGCUGCUCAGAUUAUGGACAGCAUUGAAUAAUUAGAGAGUGAGCCUACAGCAGUAAAAAGAUGGGUCUGGGAAUUAAUCUAAAAUGCCUAGGAUUCAGCUUAUAAAGAGACCAAUGUCAGAAUUAAAAUUGAAUUAGAUAGUUAACAUCUUAGAUUCUAUCACACAGGUAGACCAUUUGUCUUAAACGAUCUAUUGAAUUUGAUUGAACAAGGAUCAAAUAAAGAGAGACCUUAAUACAAUCUAACUAUGCAAAAAACUUAAACUAGCUUGAAAUCGCCUCAAGAUAUGGGAGGUACCACUGAAAAUCCUGAGGAAAAAGAGAUAAUAUCUCUAAAAGACAUGAAGGUGCCUGAAACAACAGGAAGAUUUGGAACAGGAUUCCUCACAACUUACUUAUUAUCAAAAUGCUUAGAGGUGUCAGGUAUAUUUCAUUUCAAUGAAGAGGGAUAGUACAACUUUAGAAAUUUUAAAUUGAAUCUAAACCGAGAUACUUAUGAUUUAGAUAAGAUGAUUGAGCUUAACAGAUAAUCAUUCAAUUUAUUUAAGGAUCUUAAUGACCAUACUAAGAGUCCUAUUCUUAAAGACUACAAGCCUGGUUAAGAUUUUGAUACCUGUUUUGCAUAUGAAUUAAAGGAAGAAGGAGUUAAAAAUGCCUAGGAAGGGUUAAAAAGUCUAGUAAAAGCAGCUCCUUAUGUACUAUCUUUCAAGAUAAAAAAGAAUUGCAUUGGUACUUAUGAGUUUGUAGAAAAAAGCAUAGAGGUACCAAACUUCUUUGUAGACUAUCCAUUGAUUGGCUCUGAGAAUCUAAAUUUCUCAGUUGUUUUUAAUUCUCAUUUGUUCUAUCCGAAUGAAAAAAGAUCUGGAAUAAGUCUAGAAAAGGGACCUAAAGCAAUGGUUAAUAGAGAAAUUAUGCAAGAAUGUCAAAAGUUGUUUGAUCAGUUUUUAGAUUAUGUAAUCAAGAAUAAAUUCACUGGAAUGCAUUGCUUGAGGCUGUAGUUGGAUAAAAACUAAGUUAUCUGUAACUUUCUGAAAGACAUUUUAAUCAAGCCAAUCAUCAAAAAAUUUGUUGCUCAACCCAUCAUUGAGAGUUAAGUUGGAUUCAUUAAUCUUAAAUAAGCACUAUUUCCAAAUAUAGAAAAGGCAUCAAUUGAGACUGGUGAUAAAGACAAAUUGAUGCAGCUAUGGGAGAUAUUAUCUAAGAUUUACAGCUCAUAAGGAUACCUAAUAAAGAAAGAUUUUGAUUAUAUCAAGAGCUGGAUUUAGGUUUUUGAGGAUCCUGAUUGGAAAAUUCAUUUAGAUCAGAAAAAUAAAAUAAAUAUUAAUGAAGCAAUCGCAUAGGUGUAAAUUGCAAAGACUAUUGAUGGGAUAAAAUAAUAGCAUGGUUUGACUUAUACAGAUGUGCAAGAUUUAAUGAAAAAACUUUAUGAAUAUAUAAAUCAGCACUAUAGUUCCUAUUAGCUGAAAAGUUUGAUUUAAAGUUACUCAAUUUUUGUAAAUCAAAAUGGAAACCUCUGCAAAUGUGAGGAUUUACAUUUAGAUAAUGACAUCGAAGAAAUUUAUAAAGACAUAGUCAAAGGGUACGGAUAUAAUUUGAGAGGUAAACUUCUAUCAAAGGAUUUCAAUGUGCCUUUUGAAAAAGAUUUUAAGAACUACUUUUUCUAUACACUUGAGAGUGAGAUUACUGAUUCCAUAAAAAGUUCUCUUAACUAUUUAAAGGAAUGCAAAUAGAAUAAUAAGAAGUCACUAGGUUAUAAGAAUAAAUAUUCUAUAGCACCUGUCAAGAGGCCAACUAAACUUAGCUUAAGCUACUUAAGUAGCAUUGAGGAAUUAUCAUUUAGAAUAUUAGGGCUAGAAAGGAGAUAGGUCUAAGUGUAUAAUAGUCUGUUUACUGGCCAGAUAACAUAAUAAUAGAAAGAAGAUGAACAAAGAAAGUAAUUAAUAGACUUGCUAAGCAUGACUGCCCUUCAUGCUAAUAUUAAAAUAUAAGUAGCAACAAAUAUACCCUAAACAGCAAGAGAUAUCUCAAUGGAUGUAAUUUGUUUCAAUAUUAGAAGAAUAAUCUUAUCUUGCACGAAUAAGAUAGAAUUGAUAAGCAAACUUAGCAUUAAGAGUGACAUAUAUGAAUUCUUGAAUUCAUUUUAUACAAUAGUCAAAGAGAGGUGCAAGCCAAGUUCUGCUAAAAAACUAAUUGACUUCCAAAUAUUCCUUAAUCAAAAUGAUAAGUUUUUUAGAUUCGCAAAAAAUUUGAUGCAAUCUCAGAAGUAAGUUACUAUUAAUUAGUUAGAAGAAGAUGAGAAAGUUGGUAAUAAGCAAGGUAUUAAGGAUAUACUUUUAAUUUACUUACAGCUCAAGGAUAUGACCUUAAACAAUUUAAAUGAAAAGAUAAUUCACUCAAGCUUAUCGGAAAAUGCUGAAAAGAUGAUGAUAGGCUCGAAUUCGAAGGAAUAUUUGAAAUGCAAGGAUAUUUGUUUAGAAGUUGAUUAGAUUCUUGUUAAGAACUGCAGUCAAAAGGAUUAUCUCAGGAAGAAUGAGUAGCUUAUUAUGAAGUUUGACAGACUCUAUUUAUCUACAUUUAAGGAGCAGCAUAAUCAGUCAUUAUUCCCACAAUAUACAAAGGAAAGAAAAGAAAUUAUAGUUGGAUUAAGACAGUAGGGAGAAAUGUAAGAGAUAAUGUUUGAAAUUUAUGAAAACGAGCAACAAAAUUUGUUGAAAUCGUUGAUUAAAGUAUCUAAGCAUUGCUAUAUACAGCUAGAUGAGAUAAUGAAGAUAUUCAAAGAUUAUAACAAUCCCCCUGAUAACUUGAAAGACCUUAUUAAGUAUCUUAAAGAGAAGGAUAUUAAUAAAGUUAAAAUUACUGAAAUGAUUUAGUAUUUACAAACAAAAUGA